UGAGGUUGAGGCAAACUUGUGCUAAAUUAGUAAAUAUCGCCUUUUGACAUGGACGCCGCCAAAAGACGAGAGGCUAGAAGAAAGAAGCUACUUGAGAGUUCUGAGGAUCGAUUCAAACGAAUCGAAAGACUGAAAAACAGAUCUCAAGAGCAAGAGAUUAUUCCCUGUGACUCUGGUAAUGUAGGAUCAUCUGUUCAAAGUACAGUUGAGGAAUCUCCAGACCUUUGCCAAGAUGCAGCUACAUUACAACCCCCAAAUUCAGAAGAGCAAAAGGCCUCAACAGGAAAACCAAAAGAUGGAGAUUCUCAUACUCACUCAUCCAAGUCAUCUUUGCCUUCCCAUCAUGCAUUGGGUUGUCAAACUUGUCAUCAUACUGAUAGAUUUCAUGAAUCACCAGGCAGCAGUACCGAGUCACCGGUAGAACCGGAACCCAUACCUCGAGAUAUCAGCCAGGAUUCUGGUUUUAUGGAAGGAAUUUCUUCACAAAGCAGGACGCAGUCGUCUGAAGAUCAGAAUUGCCAGUCCAAAGCUGUUGACCCAUCCGUCCAGAGUGUAGUCUCCAUCCAGACUUUGGUGUUUAUUAUCUUAGCAGUCAUCACCAGGCUCUGGCUUGUCAACCUAAUCCACGGACAGUCCAUCAUUGUAUUAUUCUUAGCAACAGAACUACUGCUGUUUUUCAUUGGGAUUGAGCAGGCACCCGUCCAAAGUGGCCCUGUCAGGAUUCUAACCGCCCUUCUUGCCUUCAGAGGAGUUCCUCCAGCGACCGUACAGCAGGUCCAACAAUAUUUAGGAUUCUUUCAAGGAACUCUCAAAGAUUUCUCCACCUACCUCUUUGUGUUUGUCAUGGUGCACAUCACAAUGGAGUGGUCAUCUGCUCCAGAGCUUGACCAGCCCAGGUCAGUCCCUGCACUGUGACCGUGUUCUACGCCGUCUACCAUGGAGCGGUCAGUGGGUGUGGGGUUUGACCGGCCUAAGUCAUUCCCUACACUGCAGCCUUGCUGUAAUCCCUGUGCCAUGGAAUGGUUUAAUAGGGGAUCAGAAGCUUGUUGACCGAACCAAGUCUGACCCUGCACUGCUGCCUUGUUCUAUGCCAUCUAGCGAGCAACGGGUACAGAGACUGACCCUCCUGAUCAGGCUGUACUUCAUUCAACAUAUGUCAAGUGUAUGUGGCCAGAAACUGUUCUUGGAGUUGUUUCCAUGAAUGUGUCCAGUGCUUGACCGUUCGGAGUCAAUUUGUGUAGUGUGCUAUGCAUCAUACAUACCUCCCAAUGCAGUGACCAUCAAGUACGUAGCUCAUUCCUCUGUAAUAAGCAUUUUGCAUGCAACAUUCUAAUGGUCAUCCAUCUAUAGACCAGUCAACUGGUUCAUAUAUUGUUACAUCAUUCUGUUGUAUUCAUCAUAGAUUCUAGUAUUGGACUGGUCAUUUCAUCCAUUCUUUGACCAGUUAUAUAGAACCUUAAAGUGUUUUCUCAUUCCACUCGAUAUGUAAUGCCAUAAUGAUGUAUUGACUUUACCUAGAGACUAGUGAAAGAAACCAAAUUGUCAAUAUGUCUCCUUAGUCCAGACGCAUAUUCCGCUUAGGUUUGAUUGACAACACAGUGCUCACCAAGCCCUCUUAUUGGCCAAUUAUAAUUAUGUAGUCACUUUGUAUCUGUUCAGUGAUUUAAGGGUGUGGGGGAGGGGUGGUAACACGCAAUGAAUACUCACUGCUGUUUUGGAAAAACAACUUUCCAAGAGAUGGAGAGUGUGCAUACAUUGUAUGUUGGGAAUAGUCUGUUCGAAUCUUACGUCUGAAGUUAGAGAGUGGAUACUGCUACAAACUAAUUCUCUUUACUUUUCGAAUACUCCCCAUUUUUUUUUUCAAAUUCAAUUCGGUUUUAUUCAACAAUAUUCAUCAAAAAGUUCGAAGACCGACAAUGUGAGUUUACAAUAAAAAACACAUAACAGAGAAAGUAAAUAAAUACGUAACAUGCAGUGACCUUUAAAAAAAUAUAUAUAUCAUAUUUAAAAAAAGAGUCAUGUAUUCUGUUAAAAAAGGAAUUUCAACUGAAAGAUCACUGGCGAAAAAUAAACAAACUGCAGCUCAGUACGGUGGCGCAAAAAAGCCUGAUCAAAUUCAGUGUCUUGUGUAUUAAUACUCUGUAAGCACUAAGUAGAUGAUUUAUUUGAAGCCUAAUUCAUUGUGUUUGAAUGCCAGAAUCCACUUGCCAUGAUUAGGUUCUGGUGUUUCGUCAUAUUCACAAACAGAAGCUAUACAUGAACAUUUCUUACUGCAUUUGGAGAAAAGCAGCAUGAUAUGAAAAUAACAAUUGUUCUGUGUAAUUCAAAUCAUAAAAUAGCCCUGGUUCAAAAAGCAACUUUGAAGAGGCCAAAGUGGUCAUAGGAAAAUGAUGGGAAUAAGCUGUCAUUCAUGUAUUUGCCAUUCUUGUGUGCCUACAAGUCCAUUAUCCAUUAUAAAGAAAGAAAAUACUACACAAAUUUCAGGUUACAAAUAUUUUUUAUGUUUCACUUCAAAAAAAAAGAAACUGAUUAUCCUAUAUUAUUCUUUGAUAUAAGUUGACAUCAACUAUUUGUCAAAAUUAUUUUGAUAAAGUGAAAAAACCCCAAACAAUUGCUUCAAUAUGUUAGGCACUUUUUGGAUGUUCACAAAGGAAUGCAAUACAACUUUUGAUACAUACUGCUUUGCCCACUAGGUAUUACACAAACUAAAGACAAUUAUGAUGUAAGCAUGGAGCUAUUACAGAGAAGGAGAACCAUCUUCCAAUUUCUCUGUUAAUCCUUUCAUAUCGCUUCCUUCGGGCGAAGGAACGAUAUCUAACAUCAAUCGGCGAGCUAGCUGCCAGGCGAAAGUUAGAGCCCGCUUACGUAACGCGACAAGCCCCCUCGUAAAAUCUGAGGUUAGAGAUUUUUGAAGGACCCUGCGAGGCACCGCCGUAAAUGACGUGCUCCCACAUAACCUCUCCGAGCUCAUUUUUUUUUUCAAAUUUGAAACACGACUUGCUGUUCUUCUAACAUCCAUAUUUCUUUGUACGGAUUCCUGAUUCAUACAAACAGACACUUGGGUGGUCAUUAUAUUAGAUUCUGUAAAAAGUCAUUUUGAGAACUAGAACUGGAAUUUAUCUUUAACGCA